UUACUUACCCACAGAUUAGUAAUUUUUAUCAGUUUUGUAGCAGUCUUUAUCGGGAGCGCCGUGCUAGAGGCAGCGUGCUAGUAUAAAUAAACGUUUUUACGUAAACAAUUAUGUUAUAGUGUUACAAUGGCAGCCGACAGGUUAAUUUGGAAGAUUUUACUGGAUUUCCUUGUGUUGGGGUGCGUGGCGUUCCCGAUCCUGGGGCUGUCGCUGUGGGCGACGCCAUACCGUCGAGGGUACGAUGUGAAUGACAUGUCAAUACGACUGCCGUACAAGGAUCAGCUCAUAUCCGUGAGCGCUCUAGCAGGGGCUGGAUUCGGUUUCAUUGUCUGUACGAUACUCUUAGUGGAAAUCGUUCGAGACAAACAAGGGAAAGGUGUUGGUGAGAAGUUCCUAUCCGGAUCUGUGAUGCCCGGUUGGGUGUGGGAGAGCUACCGCAGUAUUGGUGUCUUCGCCUUCGGAGCAUCCUGUCAGCAACUCACGUCAGACUUCGCCAAAUAUGUUAUUGGCAGACUGAGGCCACAUUUCAUUGAUGUUUGCGUGCCAUACCCUACCGCGAAUUCUUCAGCGAACAGGCUGGGGUACAUCAACGACUAUACGUGUGCAGGUAGCGAUCCAGCUAAGAUUGCAGAAGCCAGGCUAUCCUUCCCCAGCUCGCACGCUAGCUUCUCCAUGUACUGUGCUGUGUUCUUCAUUUUCUACAUCCAAGUGAAGGGCAAAUGGCGUGGUUCGAAGUUAUUACGUCACGCUGUGCAGUACGCCGUGCUGAUUGCCGCUUGGUUCAUCGGCCUGUCUCGAGUCCAGGACCAUAUGCACCACUGGAGCGAUGUCGCCGCCGGGUUCCUUAUAGGAGCCACUUUUGCUUCUCUUGUGUUUAUCUACGUACUGAAACCGAAGAAGUACGGUCUACCAGAAACUUGGGAGGAGCCCCAGGUACCAACAAACACGUUGCCAAGAGCCGUGCUCUCGUCGAUAGCGUCCACACGAUGACCAUUAACGAUGUCCCUGGACCCUUACAGUUAGAACUAAUAAGUACAGGACAAAUGGUGAUAACUUAAGUCAUUUACCAAUAUUAUUUUUAAUUAUUUUAAUAUACCACUUACUGCAAUUAAUACAGACAAUUAAUGAUUAGGUACUUAAAUUUUUUCUUAUUCAAAUAUAAUAAUCUUUGUCCCAACGACUGGGUAAAAAAACUGGAAACUGUGACAUACACUCUUCGACUCUUAAUACACUAUUCGAGAAAUGCUCUACCAGUUUCGAGUUGCGCCGGGAUUCGUAUUUGUGAGCAGCGUGCGCUGUUUGGCGGACAUGAGCCUAAAUAUUUUAAUUAUUUCGGUUAUAGAAAAAAUGAUUUUGAUUAAUUAAUUUCAUUUGCAACUAAGUAAAAUUGCUAUCAGUAUUAGAACCAAGUUAUUGUUUUUGGUUAUAACGUUUUUAUUGGCACUUACGGUUCUGAAGCAAACUUUAUAUGAAUGAAGUCUGUGACUCUGUCUGUGACGUUUGCAAUACUUUUACUUUUUUUUCAAAAACUGAUACUAGAAAAUUCCAGUCAUUUCCAAGAAAAUAGUGGCUUUCCCGUCCAACACGGUUCCGUCCAUAUAAACACGAAAAUAAUAUAAGAAAAAUGAAUUGUAAUCGAAAAGUACAACAAAUAAAAUUUAAUUGUAGCAAGUAUGUAGGAAUUUACUUGUAUUUUUUUUUUAACUACACUAUUAUGAUUAUUAAGGUUUAGCAAUCUGACGCCUGAUACUUUAAAUUUGUUUUAUCAAAGUAAGUACUCAACAGAUUGCUUAUUGUAAUUUAAUAGGCGUCUCCCAACCUAUAAGAAAAAUAAUUAAAAAAAUGACGUCAAUAAUAUCAGAAACUGUUUAAAUUAGAAAAAAAACAAAGUGCCUGUUUCUAGCAUUUAAUUCCACGUAAUAGUACCUAUCUCAUUCAGACUAAAAUUAACAUCGAGUGAUGACUAAAAAUAAUAAAUACAGGGUGAUUGUUUAGUAAAAAAAAUAGCAAAUGUUAAUGUUAUAAGGAGUUCUAUACCUAACUUAUUAUUUAGUUAAGCCAUUAGAGCCGUUAUUUUUAUUAGUGUAAGAUAUCUUUUCAAAUGGCAUUCCUUCUUAAUUUUAAACGUUAAAGUCACAAUGCAAUUUAAUGUACAAUUAUAAUA